GGGGGCUGUUGGGCAGGAGUGGCGCGAGACGCCGCGGGGCAGCGGCCUCAGUGCGAGCGGCGCUGAGGUGAGGGGGAUGGGAUGGGGAGUUGGCAUUGCGAGGUGGAAGGGGCUGCUCUGUUUUCUGUGUGUGACAAAGGCAGCGUGCCGUGCCUGGAUGAAGCCAUCACUGUUGAUAAACUGAUAACCAACUGAGCACUACCAUCUCUGCAGUUCUUCUGGUAGAUAAACCACAGAAAUGGCAACUACGCAAUCUAUCUUCACGUUUGCUCUCUGCAUUUUGAUGAUAACUGAGCUAAUACUGGCUACAGAGAGCUACUACGAUAUCUUAGGAGUUCCGAAAAAUGCAUCUGACCGCCAGAUCAAGAAGGCAUUUCACAAACUGGCGAUGAAAUACCACCCAGAUAAAAAUAAGAGUCCUGGUGCAGAAGCAAAAUUUAGAGAAAUUGCUGAAGCAUAUGAAACGUUAUCAGAUGAGAAUAAACGAAGAGAAUACGAUCAAUUUGGCCGUCAUGGAGGACAAGGAGAUAAUGGAAGCCCAUUUCAUCAGUCGUCAUUUAACUUCAACUUUGAUGAUCUAUUCAAAGACUAUGACCUCUUCAGUCAAUACUCACGGUCGAAAAAGCACUUUGAAAAUCACUUCCGAAGUCAUCGGGAAGCUCACAAUCGGCAAAGACGUUCUUUCCAAGAGUUCUCCUUUGGAGGUGGACUGUUUGAUGAUGUGUUUGAAAAUAUGGAGAAGAUGUUUUCUUUUAGUGACUUUGAAAAUGCACACCGACAUGCAGUGCGAACUGAUAACAGGUUCCAUGCAUCCAGCAAGCACUGCAGGACUGUCACUCAGAGACGAGGAAACAUGGUUACUACAUACACAGACUGUUCCGGGCAAUAAUGUUUCCUUCCUUUUCAUCUCUUCUUUCAACACCUCCAUAAUUCUCCUUGGUUAUGUGCUAAUAUGGAAAGAAAUCUUUGAACUGCGUGUUCUUAAAAACACUUAACUGCUAUACAGAAAUUAUAGAUGGAACUAAUUCUCAGAAUAGAAACAACAUGCAAUUAAGAGCUAAAUGCCUCAGUAACUACUUAACAGAGGAGAGAAAUCUUGCAACAGAAGAAAUUUUGUAUUUCGAUUUAGUAAGCACUCAGUAAAUUCAUCAUAUAUUUUUUUUAAUUUUAGAAAUAUAAUAUAAUUCUUGUAUGCCAAUUCAGGAAUGUUUGAGUUACUGGUGCAUGGAUUUCUAGCAGUGGUGAUACUUUAUUCUGAAGUGCUGCUUUUUUUAUUAUGUCUUUCCAGAUUUUCACUAGUAGUUUUUACUGAAUAUGGACUUAGUCCACAGGUUCAACACUUUGCACAAAAUAGCACCGGAAAUAAAACUGUCUUUGUUACUUUGUCCAGCGUUGCAAAUCUGUUAGAAACAAAGCAUGUAUAUUCCAACUUGAAAACAAAAAAAGAAGGAAAUAUAUUAAGAUUGUUCAUCACCUAGGAGAGUGAUGUAGGUUGAGGAUGUGAAUAACCCUUCACUCGCUUAAGGGCUAUUGAUGUAUGCAAGUUUGUGUACGCACAUAGUGUGUUUCCUAGUUCACCCCUCCAAAAAACAAAUAUUUCUUAAGAUUCAGAAGAGCAUAUUGAAUACAGUCUUGCUUUAUGCUUGUCAUAUUACCAUGUGUGCACUGUAGAUGCCAUAGUUCCAUUUGUUGAACUUAAGUUCUCCUUUGUGCUUUGGCAAACUUUAAACAAAUAAGCUUACUUUCAGAUUCCUAGUGUUUCUGGAGCAGUCUAAAAAAGAAAUAGAUUGUGUUUGGAUAUAUUUAUUACCUGUCAGCAGAGAUUUUUCAGCUUUGCGAUUUGAAAGGUAAACUCUUGGCAUAAAAGAAUAAUGAAACUGGAAGUUACAAUUCCCAUAUUCACCUAAUACUUUGUGGUGCUGGUGUCUGAUAACAAACAGGGCUAAUGGGUAACAAUUUCAGUGCUAUAGAAAUCUGUAACUAGUAAAAACUCUUAAAAAAAUACAAAACUCUAAUAUAUAUAUUAACUGAAGUCAACCCAAAAGUUCUUUAGUAAGGUUAUCACACGCAUGUUGCUAUCUGUUUAAAAUUAUGAGGAGAGCUUACCUUUCAAAUGGAUUGCAUGAGCAAAAUAAGCAUUUUUGAACAGCAGUGUUACAAAUAGGCUUUGAAAUCUUAAGGUCUUUAUCAGAAAGGUUUAACUCUUUGCUUCUUGAACUGGUACCGAAAGCUGACUAUUUGCUAAGUAAUGUUAACCUUUCCCGCAAGGGUGCGUAUUAUCACUUGUUCUAUUUUCAUUCACUAAAUACUUGGAAUGGAUUAUUGCAUUAUAUUAAGUGCUUUUCCAUAUUUUUCUUUAUUUAUUAACGGACUAAUACCUCAUACAUGGUCUUUAUAAAAGCCAGUAAUUUGUGCAACAUUGUUGGAAUGUGCAAUAUUAUAGUAGCAAGAAUGCUGGGGUGUGUGUGAAUGUCUGUUAUUUCCACUCUUUUUCUGUGCAAGUAGAUAUUUUAGUUUCCUCUGUGUAAUUAAUAUGAUUGAACUGAAAAUUGUAAUUCAUGUAGAUUUCUGCAGCUAUUUGAACAGACUCCAUCAGUCAGUUUGUCUGGUUCAUAAUAUAUACAGACAUCCGAGUGAACAAAUUACUAACUUAGAGAUCUGAAUUACUUUCUCACAGAUACCUGUGUUUUUGUUUGUUCUUUUUGGUCACAUGAAUAAAAGACACAUGAGUUUUCUUAAUUAUGUGUUGUAGGGAAAGCAGUAAAUACAUCCUGUAAUUCCUAUGGCUUCUGAAAGUGACCUUUUUGCUUUCUUUGUUCAUCGAAGGUAACAUCCAAAGGAGAACUUUUCAGUUAGGACAGAAGCUCCCAGCGUUUAUCCAUCUGUAUAGCUUUCGACAGUGGAUAUGUUUUGAGUAGACUCUAACUGAAGAGAUUCAGGCAGGCUUUCCUCAGGCAGCAGUCUUCAGUUUGUGGCUAUCAGAACGCAAGCUUGCAAAACAUGUUGUGCAGCUCACUUACUUGGAGCUCUUGCACAUUCUUUUCCUAUUUAUAGUGUUUGCUUCAUGGUAGACUUGUUAACGGAAGUCCUCGUAUGACCUUCAGAAGUUUGAAGUGAUUGAUUCUUGUCAUCUUUGAUAUCUUGUGAAAAGACCCAGCUAAAGCUAUUUUCUUAACGUAAGAGUGGAAAGUACAAAUCAUAAUUCUUAAGGAGGCGUUUAUGCGUAUGUAACUCUGAAUAGUUGAGUUCUUAAAACUUUAAAGACAACUAGUGUUCUGUUCACUUUUUUUCCCAUUACUUUUGAAACACAGUAUCUAGUGGAGACAAAAAGUACUGUAAACUUGAUUAGGGUGCCGUUACAUUAAAUGUGUGAAAAUCG